UUGUAGAGAGGUCCAGCACACUGCCUGGCUGACUGGUGAUUGAUGUGGUGGAACCUCGCUCCACAGUGCACACAGGAUAAGAUGCAGCAUUUGUUCUCGGGAAUACUUUGCAAGUGAUUACGGCGGUGUUAAAGGAAGCCCUGGCCAGGGGAGGACUGUUUCGGGAGGCCGUGUCGUGCGGGACACUGGGAUCUAUCCACACAUGGCAGGAAUGUGUAGUUAAAAAGACGCAAAGUGAAUCCCGUCUGAAGCCACAGCAUUCCUCUGCCGUGGGCUUCGGAUUCCAGCCCGGUGUCACAGGUCAUCGCCAAGGAUGCUGUUGUCCAGUUAUUUAACGAUGCCCCCGGUUGUCUUGGUGACGGCCUUGUUGUCUCUGGCGAUGGAUGUCUCCAGUGCUGAAGCUCCACCAAAGUUUUUCAGAAUUCCCAAAGACCAAAUCGGUGUUUCGGGAGGAGUCGCUUCGUUCGUCUGCCAGGCCACUGGCGAGCCCAAACCUCGGGUUACUUGGAACAAGAAAGGAAAGAGAGUGAGCUCCCAGCGAUUUGAGGUAAUCGAGUUUGAUGACGGAGCCGGUGCGGUGCUGAGGAUCCAGCCAUUGAGGACCCCUCGAGAUGAGGCGGUUUACGAAUGUCAGGCCACCAACAACAUGGGGGACUUAACCAUCACGGCCAAGCUGACUGUGCUUCGAGAGGACCAGUUGCCGGUGGGCUUCCCGAACAUCGACAUGGGCCCCCAGCUAAAGGUGGUGGAGCGAACCCGCACGGCCACCAUGCUGUGCGCAGCCAGCGGAAACCCCGACCCGGAGAUCACCUGGUUCAAGGACUUCCUCCCGGUGGACCCCAGCACCAGUUCGCGCAUCAAACAGUUGCGGUCAGAAUCCUUCGGUGGUACUCCGAUACGAGGUGCUCUUCAGAUCGAGAAUAGUGAAGAAACCGACCAGGGCAAGUACGAGUGUGUGGCAACGAACAACGCUGGCGUGCGAUACUCACCCCCUGCCAAUCUUUACGUGAGAGAGCUACGAGAAGUUCGCCGCGUUGCGCCUAGGUUCUCCAUCACCCCCCCGCUCAGCCAAGAGAUCGUCCCAGGCGGCAACGUCAACAUCACCUGCGUGGCUGUGGGCUCGCCCAUGCCCUACGUCAAGUGGAUGCUGGGAGCCGAGGACCUGACCCCGGAGGACGACAUGCCCGUGGGGCGGAACGUGCUAGAGCUGAACAGCAUCAGGGAGUCGGCCAACUACACCUGCGUGGCAAUGUCCAGCCUAGGCGUCAUCGAAGCCAUGUCCCAGAUCAUCGUCAAAGCUCUUCCGAAGCCCCCGGGAACGCCGAUUGUGGUGGAGAACACGGCCACUAGCGUGACGCUGACCUGGGAUUCGGGCAACCCCGACCACGUCAACUACUACAUCAUCGAGUACAAGCCCAAGAGCUCGGAAGUGCCAUUCCAGACCAUCGACGGCAUCCAGACCCUCCGCUACAGCAUCGGGGGUCUGAGCCCCUACUCGGAUUACAGGUUCAAAAUCUCCGCCGUUAACUCCAUCGGCCAGGGCCCACCCAGCGAGACGGUGGAGACCAGGACGGGCGAGCAGGUGCCCUCCAGCUCCCCGCGGAGUGUGCAGGCGCGGAUGCUGAGCACCACCACGAUGUUAAUCCAGUGGGAAGAGCCAGAGGAACCGAACGGGCAGAUCCGGGGUUACCGCGUGUAUUACACCAUGGAGCCCGAGCAGCCCGUUAGCAACUGGCAGAAACACAACGUGGACGACAGCCUCCUCACCACCGUGGCCAACCUGAUCGUACAGACCACGUACAGCGUCAAAGUCCUGGCGUUCACCUCGGUCGGGGACGGUCCACUGUCCCCGGAGAUUCAGGUCAAAACCCAGCAGGGAGUUCCUGGACAACCAAUAAACUUCACACCCAAACCCAAAUCGGAAACCAGCAUUCAGCUGCUGUGGACACCACCCAGACAGGAGAAAAUCAUCAAUUACGAACUGUACUACCGUGACGAAGAGUUGGGGAAAGAGGAAGUGAUAACCUUUGCGCCCAGCAUGACGUACACAGUGACUGGGCUGCGUCCUAACACUCUGUACUACUUUCGGCUGGCUGCGCGCUCUGAGCACGGCCUUGGCGUCUUCACCUCGCAGAUCCCCGGGCGGACGCUCCAGGCUAAACCAUCAGCCCCUCCUCAAAACGUAAAGUGCAACAGCCAUAGUUCCACCAACAUUGUGGUAAGUUGGGAGCCACCACCACCAGAGAGUCAGAAUGGUGCCCUGUCAAAGUACAGUAUCAGGUACCAAAUGGUGGAGGGAGAGGAACGUCUGCCCAGCGAGGUGAAGGACAUCCCACCGGACACCACCCAGAUGCUGCUGGAGAACCUGGAGAAAUGGACCGAGUACCGGGUGACGGUGGUCGCGUACACUGAGAUCGGCCCGGGCCCGGAGAGCGAGCCUGUGUCCAUUCGCACAGAAGAGGACGUGCCCAGCGCCCCUCCUCGGAAGGUGGAGGUCGAGGCGCUGAACUCCACGGCUCUGAAGGUAAUGUGGCGCUCUCCGGUCCCGAGCAAGCAGCACGGCCAGAUCCGGGGCUAUCAGGUGCAUUACGUCAAGGUGGAAGACGGAGAAGCCAGGGGGCAGCCGCGGAUCAGGGACAUCAUGCUGGCCGACGCACAGUGGGAGACUGACGACACAGCCGAAUAUGAGAUGGUUAUAUCUGGGCUGAAGCCAGAAAUGAUUUAUUCCAUCACAGUGGCAGCUUACACGACGAAGGGGGAUGGGGCUCGCAGCAAACCCAAGCUGGUGGUCACCAAAGGUGCAGUUCCAGACAAGCCCACUCUGUCCGUCCGCCUGACCCAGGACAACACCGCCGUACUCCAGUGGCAAGCUCCCUCCGAGACGUACGGAGAGCUGCUGGGGUAUCGGCUCCAAUAUGGCCGGACGGACCUCAAGCCGCUCUCCACGCUGGACUUUUCCGACCAGGAAGAUCAGUUUGUGGCCCACAGCAUCCACAAGGGAGCCACGUACACCUUCAAACUAUCCGCUCGCAACAAGGCCGGCAUCGGGGGAGAGGACGUCAAGCAGAUAACGGUGCCUGAGGACGUGCCCGAGGGCUACCCUCACCUCCUAGACCACCCCAACGUCACAACCUCGACCAUUCAACUCGGCUGGCUGCCCCCAACCUUAGCAGAGAGAAACGGUCUCAUCAGCACCUACACAGUCUCCUAUAAGCAGACAGGCUCCCCCGGCAAUCCCACUGAAGUGCCCACCACUUCCUCCCAGACUAGCCUCACACUGUGGAGCCUUAAGCCGGACACCAGUUAUGAUAUUAAAGUCAGGGCACAAACCAGUAAAGGCCCUGGUCCUUACAGUCCUGCUAUUCAGUAUCGGACCAUGCCAAUGGAUCAAGCAGUUUUCCCCAAAAAUUUCCAAGUCAUACUUGCUACGAAGACCUCGGUGUUACUGAGUUGGGAGAUUCCAGAGCAUUACAACUCCCCCAUUCCGUACAAGAUUCAGUAUAAGAACGGCAAGUCCGUGGUCGAAGUUGACGGGCGGACGACCAAGAAGCUGAUCACCAACCUGGAGCCGGACAGGGAGUACUCCUUCCUGCUCACCAACCGCGGCAACACCGUGGGCGGCCUUCAGCAGACGGUGUCGGCCCGCACCGCCCCCGCCAUCCUGAGCAGCAAACCCUACUUCAUCCCCAAGGUCAAGCCUGAUGGGAGUCUGCUGGUGGUGAUGCCAAAAGUGGAGACAGUGGCCCCCGUCAAGGCGUACUACAUCAUUGUGGUUCCUUUAAAGAAAUCCCGUGGACAUUUUAUCAAUAUUUGGCGUAGUCCUGAUGAAAUGGAUCUGGAGGAGUUGUUCCUGGACCUCUCACACCGUCGCCGGCGCAGGAGUGUGCGUUUGCGCAGACAGGUGACCUAUCCAAAGCCCUACAUCGCCGCCAGCUUCAAGACUCUGCCCAAGGAGUUCACUCUGGGCGACCGACAUUAUUACGAUGGCUUCAUGAAUAAGGCCUUGGGGGAAGGCAACAAAUACGUCUUCUUCAUCCUGGCCAUGUUGGACGUGGCAGAGGCGAUGUACGCAGCGAGUCCGUACUCGGAUCAUUUCCUCUCCGCUGACCCCGAGCUGGGGCCCACCAUCGACGGGGAAGAGGGCCUGAUUUGGGUGGUGGGUCCCGUAUUGGCUGUGGUCUUUAUCAUCUGCAUCGUGAUCGCAAUCCUGCUGUACAAAAACAAACCUGACAGGAAAAGAAAAGAAAGCGAUCCCAGAACCAAGUGUCUUCUCAACAAUGCGGAGGUUCCAUCCCAUCACCCAACGGAUCCCGUGGAAAUGAGACGCAUCAACUUCCAGACGCCAGACUCCGCUUUGACCAGUCCCCUCAGUGAACCUGAUUUUGCAAGCAUGAUCAGUCACCCGCCAAUCCCAAUCUCUGAGCUGGCAGAGAACACGGACCGACUGAAAGCGAAUGACAACCUGAAGUUCUCCCAGGAAUAUGAGUCGAUCGACCCCGGCCAGCAGUUCACCUGGGAACACUCGAACAUGGAAGUGAACAAGCCCAAAAACCGCUACGCCAACGUGAUAGCUUACGACCACUCCAGAGUGAUCUUAGCGCCGAUCGAGGGUAUUACUGGCAGCGACUACAUCAACGCAAACUACAUCGAUGGCUACCGCAAACAGAACGCCUACAUCGCCACCCAAGGGCCUCUCCCGGAAACGUUUGGGGAUUUCUGGAGGAUGGUCUGGGAGCAACGGAGCGCUACCGUGGUCAUGAUGACGAAACUGGAGGAAAAAUCCCGGGUGAAGUGUGACCAGUACUGGCCCAGUCGGGGAACAGAGACGUACGGAAUGAUACAGGUCACCCUGCUGGACACCAUUGAGCUCGCCACCUUCUGUGUCCGGAAUUUCUGUCUUCACAAGAACGGUUCCAGUGAGAAGAGAGAAGUCCGUCAGUUCCAGUUCACAGCGUGGCCCGAUCAUGGAGUGCCAGAGUAUCCCACCCCCUUCCUCGCCUUCCUACGGAGAGUGAAGACGUGCAACCCUCCAGAUGCUGGCCCAGUGGUGGUUCACUGCAGCGCUGGUGUGGGCCGCACCGGUUGCUUCAUCGUGAUCGACGCCAUGCUGGAGAGGAUAAAGCACGAGAAGACGGUGGAUAUAUACGGCCACGUGACCCUGAUGAGGUCCCAGAGGAACUACAUGGUGCAGACGGAGGACCAGUACAUCUUCAUCCAUGAUGCUCUGCUGGAGGCCGUGGCUUGUGGGACCACGGAAGUCAUGGCCAGGAACUUGUACUCUUACAUCCAGAAGCUCACCCAGGUCGAGACAGGGGAGCACAUCACAGGGAUGGAACUGGAGUUCAAGCGACUGGCCAAUUCCAAAGCUCACACCUCCAGGUUUAUAAGUGCCAAUCUUCCAUGUAAUAAAUUCAAGAACCGCCUUGUCAACAUUAUGCCGUAUGAAACAACGAGGGUCUGUCUGCAGCCGAUUCGCGGGGUAGAGGGCUCUGACUACGUGAACGCCAGCUUCAUUGAUGGGUACAGGCAACAGAAAGCGUACAUAGCUACACAGGGGCCUUUAGCAGAGACCACAGAGGACUUCUGGAGGAUGCUGUGGGAGAAUAACUCCACCAUCGUGGUCAUGCUCACCAAACUGAGAGAGAUGGGCCGGGAGAAGUGCCACCAGUACUGGCCUGCGGAGCGCUCUGCCAGGUAUCAGUACUUCGUGGUGGACCCAAUGGCCGAGUACAACAUGCCACAGUACAUCCUCCGUGAAUUCAAAGUCACAGAUGCCAGAGACGGACAGUCACGGACAGUGCGACAAUUCCAGUUUACAGACUGGCCGGAGCAAGGCGUACCGAAGUCUGGCGAGGGCUUCAUAGACUUUAUAGGCCAAGUGCACAAAACCAAGGAGCAGUUUGGUCAAGAUGGGCCCAUCUCGGUCCACUGCAGUGCUGGAGUGGGGAGGACUGGGGUUUUCAUCACGCUGAGCAUUGUGCUGGAGAGGAUGAGAUACGAAGGGGUGGUGGACAUCUUCCAGACAGUCAAGAUGCUUCGGACACAGCGUCCAGCCAUGGUACAGACAGAGGAUGAGUAUCAGUUCUGCUAUCAAGCGGCACUGGAAUAUCUUGGAAGUUUUGAUCACUAUGCAACGUAAAAAAAAAAAAAUUGAUCGCCAAACUGCAACAGGCCACAAUGGACAAAGAAAGCCUCCUACUGAGCCAUAUAACGUGCUUGAAAAGUACCUUUAAUUCUAACCACAGCCAAGGGGGAGAUAUUUCAGACGGACCCUAAGGAACUCAAUGUUGUAACCUGGAAGAGAAGAGGGACCCUGGUCUGUUGGGGAGGAGGAGGAGGGGGAGAGGGGGGGAGGGGGGAAUAAAUUUAAACAUCGGAUUAGUCCUACUUACCUCAAGUGUUCAACGGUGGUGGAAAUGACGUGGUUUUGUUCUGUUGUGGACGUGCCGAUGAUGAAACAUUGAUGA